CGAGUUCAGUGUUUGAGUUACGCCUUUCUUACGCAUCACUUGUUAGCGUCGACUCCACUGUUUAUAAGCACAAAUUGACUCAACAUUUAACGCAAACGCAAUCCGCAAACAACGUAACCAAAACGGGGGGUGUUUUUUGAUGGGAGUGUUUGGCAUUUGGCCACAGGUUUUGUCGUAAAGAAUAGCUGUUCGAGCGUUGAGUGAGGGGUCAGUGACUAUACGUGGGAUUGAGUUCAUAAUCGUCGCAAAGUGUGUGACAGUCAGUGAAUGUGUGAUUCAUUGAUUGUAUUGAAAACAUGGAGUGUUUAGUGAUUUGAAUGCAAAACAAUACUAUAAUUGCUUUUUUAGCGUUUGUUUUGCACUCAAAAAAGCAGUGAUUCGUACGAAACAGUUGUGUCGGCACCGAAUCCACGCCCGGAACCGACGGAUAAACACAUUGACCACCAAUUGCUGGACACAUACACAGACAUCGCAUUGCCAUCGAUUGGGUGACUCUAUAUAUGACUGCGAUAUUGUCUGAAUGUCUUCUCGUGAGCCAUCAGUGGAAGUGACGACAACGCCAUCGAAUCAGCAAAGAAUGAAUGGAUUAUCGUUUAGUGAGUUGUGUUGUCUGUUCUGUUGCCCCCCCUGUCCGGCCAGAAUCGCCGCGAAGUUGGCUUUCCUGCCGCCCGAAAGCACCUACAACUUGGUGUCCGACUCCACCGACUCUAAGCACAGCCUUUCAUUGACCGAAAGGGCCGAAUGGCAGUACACGCCCCGCGAACUCGAGGCCUUCGACGUGUUCUUCACGCGAACCAAUCGCGGCAAUCGGAUCGCAUGUAUGUACGUGAGAGCGACCCCAACGCCGAAGUACACGAUUCUGUUCAGUCACGGAAAUGCCGUCGAUUUGGGACAAAUGAGUAGCUUUUACUUGGGUUUGGGCACAAGAAUCGGCUGCAAUAUCUUCAGCUACGACUACUCCGGCUAUGGGGUCAGCACUGGUAAGCCGUCGGAGAAGAACCUCUACGCAGACAUUGACGCCGCGUGGCAUUCGUUGAGGACUCGAUACGGCAUUAGUCCCGAACACGUGAUACUCUACGGCCAAAGCAUUGGAACCGUUCCCACAGUGGACUUGGCCUCGCGUUACGAAGUCGGCGCCGUUAUACUCCACUCACCGCUCAUGUCCGGCAUGAGAGUCGCCUUUCCCAACACGAAGAGGACCUGGUUUUUCGAUGCCUUUCCCAGUAUCGAUAAAGUGCCGAAAGUGACGUCUCCAGUGCUGGUCAUUCACGGCACAGAGGAUGAAGUGAUUGACUUCUCGCACGGCCUGGCGAUGUACGAGAGGUGUCCGCGCGCUGUGGACCCCCUGUGGGUUGAAGGCGCCGGUCAUAACGAUGUGGAGCUGUACUCCCAAUACUUAGACCGACUCAAGCAAUUCAUUUCCGUUGAGUUAGUCAACUGACGUCACAUUAGGUUUAGUGGUGUUUACUUUAGACAACUAUCGGAUCUAUUGAUCCAUUCUUUCUCAUCAAAUAUUUUCAAAUAAAAAAGACUUCAUUUGUAAUAAUAA